UCCCACUGUCACACUGUACCAUGUAUUUCCACAUCACUACAACUUUAAGGAGAGGGACAUUCCUGCUCUUUUCUGCAGGAAAUCACAUGGAAGUGCCAUCGCGCUCACAUGACAUAUAAACUAUGGCAGCGGACAUCAAUGAAGGAUCUGUCCCUUCAUACUAUCGUGAAGUACAUCAAGCCAUCUGCUCCAGAGCUGAUGAACGAGUCCCUGUCGGUGUAUUCCAGAGAGUUCUCAGCAGAACAUCUCUCUCCAUCACCCUUCAAAACCAGAUAGCAGAACAUGUAAACGGUGGAGAUGGGUUCUUAAGUAAAGUCUCGCUGUAUAAAGGCUUGGCUCUCAUUGCGCUUGCUCAACAAGGAAAACCACCAAGUCCUAAACUGCUGGAGAAUUUCAUACAAGAGUUCCCGAAGCCUCAGCUGGGAGAGCCGAAGGAGCUUCAGAGUCUGAAGAUGCAGACGGUUCAGGAGAGUCCUUUGAACUUGACUUUGACUCUGGAAGAGCUGUUAAAGAAGAACACCAUCAAAGUCGAGCUCAUUCCUGAGAAGAAGGGGCUGUUUCUUAAACACGUGGAGUAUCAGGUCACCAGUGAGCGCUUUACAGUAUCAGUCUAUCGGCGAUACAGUGAUUUUGAUGUGUUCCAUGAGCUCCUGCUUCAGAGAUAUGCUUAUAGAGUCGUGCCAGCACUUCCUCCCAAAAGGGCACUGAAAGGAGUCUUGACCUCCACGUCAGAGCGAGAGUUCAUUGAAGGGCGGAGACGAGCUCUGGGCAGGUUUCUGAAUCUUGUGGCACGACAUCCUGUCUUCUCCGAGGAUGAGCUUAUGAAAACAUUCCUCACCUUCAGUGGCUCGGAUGUCCAAACUAAACUUAGAGAUGCUUGCAAAAAAUUGGGUGAUGAGUUCAUGACAUGCAAAUAUGCAACACUGGCCAAGGAUUACCUUCCAGUGGAUAUUCAAACUCAGUUUUCAGCCAGCAGAGAGCUCAUCAAAAAUAUCCAUAACAGUUUUCAGAAGUUACGGGACAGGGCAGAGAGGAUGGCCGAGCGCUCGAAGGAGAACGCCACAGAUCUGCUGAUGUUUGGGAAGGAGCUCAGUUCUUUAGGAUCAGAUGAGUCACCUGUGCCUGUCCUGGCAUCCUGCAAGAGUCCUUGGGCUGCUCUCAGACGCUCAGUCAAAGGGCUUUCUGUUGAGUUCUCACUUCUGUCUGAAAAAGCUGCCCAACAGGGCAGAAGAGAGGAGGAUGAUGUGGUGGAAAAACUGAAUCUGUUCCUGGACUUGCUGCAGUCGUACAGGGACUUAUGUGAACGGCAUGAGAAAGGGGUCUUGCACGAACACCAGCGCGCGCUGCAGAAGUACGGUGUCAUGAAAAGACAAAUGCUGAGUGCCACGGUUCAGCCUAAAGAACAGGUUUCUGUCGAACAGCUGGAGUCCCGCAUUGUCCAGCAAGAAAACGCCAUCCAGGCCAUGGAGCUGCGUAACUACUUCUCCCUGUUCUGCCUGCACCAGGAGAGCCAGCUCAUGUUCACAUACCUGCCCAUUACGUCUCACAUCCUGGGGGCAUUUGUAAGCUCCCAGGUGCAGGGACAUAAAGAGAUGGGUGAGGUGUGGCAGGAUCUUCAUUCCAAGCUUAAAAGUCUUUUUGGGGACGGCAAUGGACAGUCUCCGCCUCUCAGCCCAAAAUAGCCUCCCUUCUGUGCUUCCAGAAUCGAAAGAAAAUGAACUCCAGCCUGUUUUGAAUAGCAGGAGUAUUCUUUCUUGCAUAGAGUUAUGGGGAACUGCUUACGUGUGAACGUGUUAUGCGGCAGUUCCUAAAACCUGUCGAAAAGUGCCCUUCAUUUUGUAGAGUUUGAACAAACUGAUGUUUAAAAUAGGCUAAUGCUGUUGAGAACAAGCUGAGGAAAUGCGAAAAGAUGCUACAACACUGUAUUAAUGUUAAGUGUAUGCAAAGCUGAUGCUGUUGUUUUAAAAUGUAAGCAAAGCUGAAAGAGAAAUUUUAGAUUAUACAAAACAGUGCAUUUAGAGAAAGAUGACUUAUAGCUAGUUUAGUGCAAUAUAGAGAAAUGAACUGAGAAGCUAAUAGCCAGAGCGGUGGUCAGUCGAAUAUACACAGCAACACAGGAAAUAUGCAGAAAUGAUGUUAUUAGUUGCAAAGACUUCAUAUUCUUCCUUGUUCGUGGUUUAAGCUGACAGAUCUGGUUGUCUGUUUUUAAAUCUUAUGACUUGCGCUUCCUUGUGAUUGCAGCUUUUUCACAUUUCAUCUUUAUUUGUAAGUAAUAUUUACACUACCAUUCAACAGUCUGGAUUUAGCAAGAUUUUAUUUUUUGAAGGAAAUAAACAUUGUAAUUUAGCAAAAGUCACAGUGAAGACAUUUAUAUUACUAAAGAUCCUGUUUCAAAUAAAUGCUGUUCUUUUGUACUUCCCGUUCAUUAAAGUAUAAAGUCAACUUGAAUCGGCACAAAUGUUUCCCUCAAUGACAAGAAUGAAUAUUUUGAGCAGGAAUAGUAUACCUGUAUUCUUGCUGAGCGUUCCCCGUGAGGUAUUCAAACUUCUGAACAGUAGUGUAUGCAUGCAAACACUUUCUGUUUUGUUUCAGAGAUUCGAAACGUUUUAAGUAGUAAAUACAACGAGCAUGGUUAUUAAUUGCUUAUUAUUAGCUGCUCUAUACUCCAAAGACCUGUUUUCAUUCAAUAAAUCGUGAAGGUCUGAAAUUUUCUCACCGCUAGUCAGCGAUCAAGUGAAUUAUACUUCAACAUGUGUGUGAAAAACAUUUUACUUUUACCAUAAAGUUGUUGUUUCUGGAUAAUGCACGUACCACACAUGUUGCUGUCUUAACUGUUUAACAUUCUACAAAACAGAGCUUAUUAUUAUUGACUGUAUGUCUUUAUGUUUCUACUAGGUGAGAGGCAUUAAAGAAAUGGAAACUGU